GCCAAAGACGGAAGGGGCGUACCAUUUCAUUAGCGAGUCGACAAUAUAUUUUAUUAGUGAUACAUAGGCUUUGGCAUUUUUUGUUUAGAAAAAUUUUCAUUUACAGUAACGACAGCAGACAGCGGACAACAUGCUGCAGUGGUUUAUCCUGUUAAAUUUUUUAGUCGAGUUUGGUAGUAGCCAAAUCCCACCAGGAUGUGAUGUUACUACUACUACCGGAUACCGCUACUCACAGUUCCACCAUUUACACUCCAGUCCCGAUGGAACAAUGGAGUUACGUUUCCGUGUUAUGGCCAAAAGUGAUGCUCAUAUUGUACUUACAACGUCGCCACUGGUAUUGAAUCCCCUUUACGAGAUUGUCAUCGGGGCUUCUGGCAACAAUUACACAGAUUUGCGACGGACCAUGACAGGGCGUUCCGUUAGCGCGGUGAAAACGCCUUCAUUACUUUCCGACUCUGAGUUUCGAGGAUUUUGGGUUGUGGCACGUCAGGGGGAAAUUGAAGUCGGACGAGAAGGUGAGACACUACCAUAUUUCCAUUGGAAAGACGCCGAUCCCUUGCCGGUUCAUUACUAUUCCCUUUCCAGCUGGACAUCAACCGUAGCUAAAUGGAUACAAAACUGCGACUUCGGAGGAAAGACGUCGUGGCUGACACCUUCCGAUAACUCGUCUACCGAAGACAACGGAAGUCUAGGGCCUCAAUCAGAAGAAUCUUAUUACAACGCUGAAGAGAAACUGAAAGCAAAUUUGCUUGCAACCUACAACAAAGAUGUCAGGCCCGCCACCGAUCAUCGUACUCCAGUCUCUGUCUUUCUAGGAUUGAGUCUUGUCCACUUCGACCUUAAUGAACUAACGUCAAGUUUCGACAUCCAUUCCACUUUUAAAAUGAGUUGGAGAGAUGAACGUCUUAAAUGGAAUUCUUCUGCGUAUGAAAACGUUACUCUCCUGCAUUUCCCUAGCCAUACAAUUUGGCAGCCUGACUUGAAAUUGUUUAACGGUGUCGUCGCUUCAGAUAUUAUUCAUUUCGGUGAAGGGACGUCAAAUUUGGUGUUUCCUGAUGGCGCAAUCAUGUUGGCUCCCCCACCCAUUUCGUUAUCUACAAUGUGUCCUCUUGAUCUCCGCAUGUGGCCAUGGGAUACGCAGAAGUGCACUUUUAUAAUCGGAUCGUGGACUCACAGCGGUUUGGGAAUAGACCUGAAACUCUCUAAUAUUUACGGCGAUACUGAAUUGAUACCAGAGAACGCCUUGUAUACGCACAACCUUUAUGUUACAAAUUUACAAUGGGAGUUAAAAGAAUUCAACGCCAGCAUACAUAAAUUUAAUGAUUGUCCUGAGAAUGAUGGUAGCUGUUCUAAUUAUCUCUAUCCAGAGGCACAUUUCAGUUUCAUCGUUCGACGAAAAUCACCGCUAUACAUAGCUACGGUUACUGUGCCAGCUCUAAUGCUUACUGUGCUGACGCUGGUUACCUUCGCUUUGCCUCCUAAUUCUCUGGAGAAGGUGUUAAUAGGUUUGGUUAACUUGCUGGUUCUCAGUAUUUUUUUGAUCUACUUAAGCAGCUUGCUUCCACCCAUGGGCGAUCACAUGCCUCUCGUCGUAUCCUACUUAUCGAAAACAUUGGUGAUGGUGGUACUGUCACUGGUUCUUGCAGUAGUCACAAUUACUAUGACCAGAACGCCCCGAAUGUAUGGACCUCCUUACUGGAUUAAAAAUAUUCUUACGGGGGUCACAGGAAAAAUAUUGGGAUUGCAGCAGAUAAUUACUUUGGUGAACCGCGUUAACGGCGAUAGAACAUCGCGUCAACAACAGAGCACGGACGAUUACACUUUGCAUGUCGAUGCAGGAGAUCACGAUGUCAACUUGGUCAAUACGUCAACAGAUCAACGGAUACAAGCUCCUGUUUUCCGAGGAGCGGUAGAGGCCAUGAAUCCAGCGGAACUCGAGUGGCUUCUGCUCGCUUACGGACUAGAUCGAUUGGCAUUUAUAAUAUAUUUCUUUACUUUUAUGAUUCUGAUGGCAAUGUGUUUUUGAAAACUCAGUGAUGUUCGCGUCGUACGACGAUGAAUCUUGUGCAGACAGAUUUGUCUUUUCAUCGUCAUAAUAUUGGUUGAGACAUAAGCAAAAUACACGUCGAUAAAAU